AAAAAAAAAGUUUAAAAUUAGUACUGUGCGUGUCUGAUAAUUUUGCAAAAAUGGUUUGUUUUUAAUGUUUUUCUUUUCAUUAAAGCAGCUGAAAAAUGGAUGAAUUUUUAAAUAAAUUGAUAUUACACGAAAUUGACGCAAAUGACGUUAUUGAGUGGUUAAAAAGCAACAAAACACCCAUACCCGAUUUGAAAUCUCUGGACAGAUCUGAGUUUAUUCCUUAUUUUGUUGAUUUUAUAAAGAGUAAAUGCUCAUGGGUAUGCAAUGCUGAAAAAUCUAAUGACCUUUGUGAUAAAGAAAAAACUCCCUCUUCACCUAUAUUACAUUCCAAUGGUAUAAUUGAUAAGCAAGCACAUCAACGAACUCCUUCACCUUUACAAUAUAGGGUAAGCCAUCAGAACUCCACUAUCGGAAAUGAGAAGAGAGCUUCUAAUACGGCCGAGGAUAAAACAAAAUUUCAAAACCAGGGUAAAAGAGUUCAAGUUAUUACAUUAGGUUGCACUCCAUAUAAACAAAAGGGUAAUUUUUCCAAUUCGCGAUACUCAUCAAAGUCACCUGAUUUCAAAAAUGGUAAUGAUUUUCCGCCCAUGGGUAAUAAUAAAUUCUACGGAAAAGAAUGUGGACAGCCCUAUUAUAAAUCCAAUCAAUUUGUCGAAAGUAAGACAGAGAAUCAGUAUAAUAAAAAGAAUUUUGUGAAGGCUUAUGAUAAAGCGCCAAACCCUUGUGAAAAAAGUUUCAAUGCCGAUGCAUUUCCUCCUCUUGGUGCCAAAACACACGAGACUAAAGCUCGACGAAGAAUCACACCCACUCCCAUUCAAGCUAAAAACAAUUAUCAAUCAAAGUUUGGAAAUUCUAACUUCACAACUGUUUCGGAAAGAAAUCAGAGUGAAGCAUUUAAAACAUCAAUUUUGCAAGAAAGUGAUCCCAGUCUUCAACAAGAAAGAGAGCUUCUUAAAGUUACUAAAAAUAUAUUUAAUAUUCCAUCUAGUGUCAACUCUGGACGGUUGUUUAAUGAGGUAAAGCCAGAUAAUGUAUCAAUUCCCAACUCUGUAAUGCCUCUUAAUGAAGUAAAACAUAUGCUGCCAAAAUCAGUUGAUACAUUUGUAUGUCCUAAUCCGGAAAAAAUAACAAUGAUGGACGGCAUUUUAUGUGUUUCUGAAGUUUACAGCUUCCUACUUUCUGAUCAUCUAGUACCUAAUGUAACUUCCGAAUUGUACUUCUUACUUGAAUUAGUUACUUCAAGGGUAUCCAUAGAAGAAAACCCUUUAAAUAAAGGAGACAUCUUUACAACUGUUCAUAAUUGUGUUUAUUUUGCUGUGUCAGUUUUAGUAAGACAUUGCUAUUUGCUACAGAUGUUAGAUAAAGCUACUUUGAUAUCAUUGGAAGGUAUACCGUACUUAAUAAAGUUUUCUCCACAGUUAGCUAAUUAUUUACAACUUUGCUUUACUUCAAGACAAGACGUUUCUCCUUUAUUGCCGUCUUUAACUGGGGUGCCAUUCCAGGUUGAAGAUGACAGUAAAGCUAACUUUCCUGAUGAAUAUACCUUUGUCUGUUUUAAAAGACAAAGGGACUUGUUUUACGAAAUGCUGCGUAAUUGGCAUGAAAAUACGACCAGUGCUGAUACCAAAUUUCAGUUUAUAUUUCUUAAGAAGGCUAGAGAGUUAAUUAGUUUAAAUCCUAGCAGUAUUAAUAUGUUCCAUCUUGCUAAGCUUAUUCAGUCACAACUUGUUGCCAGCUGCAUGUGUUUGGAAGUUAAUGAAGUGUAUGAUGAGCUAUUGAAUGACAUACAAAAGAACUUUCCAGAUAAGUUUAAAAAAUUACAAGAACGUUUUUUGACACCAUCUUCUUCUGGUGGCUUAAAUCCACACCCGUCGUUUUAUGGAAUUCAAAUAUUUUUUGCUGAGUUGAUAGUUUCAGCUGGAUCACCUUCUCUAAAUCAGCAUUUAGUAAAUGUAUUUGUAUCUAGGGUCUUAGAACUAAAUAAAACAGACAUAUUUUCUGAUGAAGAAUUAAGCUCCUUGGGUACAAUAAGAGAUAAAUAUGUCUUCUUAUUGCAUACUUUACGUCUUCUUGGAAAAUUUCUGGGUUAUUUACACUUUCUACCAUAUAGUAAGGAAGAAGUUGCAUCUUCUCAUGUUGCAAAGCUGCAACUUAUUUCAAGGCAGAAGGCUACUCUACCUCUUAAUGUGUCAGAGAUCUUGAAAGAUUCUAUUAAGCAAGGCCACACAGUAUUGACUGUUCCCUGGGUUGUUGAAUUUAUAAGCAUGGUUGACCCUGUAGGAAGAAACCUUGAGAAUGUUUUGGAAGUUUUAAAAGUACUUAUGGCUAUAUAUAGACACAGCAGCUCUUUUAUUGUUAAUAUACAAUCACAAUUAUUUCUACAAGUGAUUAUUGGCUGGUUAUUUGAUGUAUUGCAAUACCAGUAUCGAUUUUACUCACAGUUUUUAACUGUAAGCAUUCCAGAUGGAAAUUUUAAUGAUGGAAUUGACUCACUAUCCAUCAUUGACAAACAAUUGAUUCAUUCUUGUUGCCCAUAUCUUAUUGAAUUCAAAGUUCUGAUUCACAAUUUCCUGAAUGGUGUUCAAGAGAAAAAGCGAGACAUAAGAAAAAUCACACCUCUCACAACUACCAAAUCAUUGGUAUCUAAAAAUUCCAUAAGCAUGAGCCAAUUAGAAUAUCGUUUAGAGGAGAAUUUCUUUUUUCUUCAUCCUUCUUCCGUGAAGAAGACUACUGAGUUUGUGUCAGAAAGAAUGGCUUCUAAAAUAAUCAGCAAUGUUCGGACGGUUAUCACAUCUAUGAAGUUAAGUGUGGCGGAUGAUGUUUCCAACGACAGACAGGUAAAGUCUUCAACGAUGGAUCCAAAUGUAAAACAACAGUAUAUCGAUGAAAUUCUUCAUAAAAAACUCAUUGAGGCAUUCAAAGAAACACAAAAUAAGAUUUCAGUUUUAACUAACAACAUAUACGAGGAAAUUAGCAACGUAAUUCCGAGUUUACUUUCUGAAGAUACGAAACCUAAAGUAAUCGAAAUGUGUUGCAAAAUUGCUUUCCGAAUGUCGGUUGAUAAGAUAUUUGAAUGGUGUAAUGCAAAUUUGUUGCUUAAUGCCAUAAAAGCUGACAUCAGAAACAAAGUACAGCAGAUUGCUAAAAGUCAAACUACAGAUCGAGAACCUACUCAAAACUUUAACUUAAGUGUUUGGAUGAAUGAUUUACGGAACAUUGUAGUUAAAGUUCACACAAAGUCCUUUGAUUUUGACCUAAAUGUCAUUCAGUCCUUGAUUCUUAAAAUUAUAAAUGUGAUAACUAAUGACACUCCAAAUAGCAUUCAGAUAACCACAUUUUUGCUUGCCAUAGAUUUUUAUGUAGCUUUGUUUGUUAAUUAUCCAGAAAAGUAUUGUGACCAGCUGGAUGAACUUUUUAUGGAACUUUGUUCUAAUUGUCCAGAAAAAGUGACUUUGGGAAAAUUGCUUGUUUGUCCUCAAAAUUUCAGAUUUUUAAUGAUAAGUGAUAAUCUUGAAUUAACUAUCACUAAAUUUGUUUGUUUAGUCCGAAAACUGUUGGACAAGAAAAUCUUUUCUCGUGGUGAACUUCAAAGUUAUGUUAAUGAUAUUCAAAUGAUUGAAAGAUUUGAUUUAUUAAAAAAACAAAUUGAUGUAUUAUUUUGCUAGGUACAUGGUGGGUCUAUUUAUGUAACAAUAUGUUGCAAAUGUCUUGUAAAAUAUUCCAGUUAAGUCAAACUUGGUGAACAUAAAACUUGAAGCAAUUCGAGAGCCUGAAAUUGAUCUGUGUCAAAAAUAGAUUCAUUUUAUUUUUUUGUUUUUAAAUGCCACAUUUUUAGAGCUUUAUUUUGAUUGCACUUUAUUUUAUGUGUUUAAAAUUUAUUGUUAAUAUUAGUGCUAAGUUUUAUGAAUGAACUUGUUCAAAGCAAAUAUUUAUUUGUAAAAAUUCUUAUUUUGUUAUAAACGUAAUGACCAAAGAUGAAAUUUUGGACUUUAUAAGGUAGAAAAUAAAAGUUUUUCAGUUAUU